UGGCUGGGUUUAUUCACGAAGCCGAAAAAUCACAAACGUUGGUUUUGGGUAGAUGGCAGAGAGGGAUGUGCCCAAAAUGGUUCAGGGCGAGUGACGGAUUUCAGCCGGAUGCUUGUUCAGACUCACACACUCACAUGGUAUAUGAAACGGUUAGGGAGUCGAAAAAGUGUGCGCUCAAGGAAACUGCGUUUGUUCUUUUCCUAUCCGCCUUAUCCGUAUCCGUUUCAGAGCUAUGACUACGUACCUUUACUGGCCGGCUGGGAACAUUAUCAAAUAUUCAACUUCUACGUGAUGACCGUGUUGCACAUCUUUGUCCCCUUUGCCAUACUGGUGAUACUGAACAUUUCGAUAGUCGUGCUGACGAAGCGAAAACUUCACGGGGUCAGCUGGGCAAUGGCCACACUUGUCGACAUGCCGAAAGUGACCGAGUUGAUAAGAAAAGAGUCGAUGAUGUCGUCGAAGAAGCGUCGAGAUGAAGUGCGUUACGCCACGUGGACGAUGGUCUCUAUAACCACCACCUACCUUUGCUGCUCUUCACUUUCGCUGUUUAUAUCCGUCAUGGAAAACGUCUUUCCUCACAAUUCCCUUCUGUUCCAUGAGGAUGGCAGCAGUACUCGCUUCUACACCCUGGCCAGUGAUGUGGUCAGCAUUCUGGUCGCUGUGAACAGCUUGCUACGACUACCUGUCUACAUGCUCUGCAGCCCCAAUCUGAGGUAUAAUCGUUUGGUUCAAAUUCCCUGUGUUCAACUGUUGUCAAGGAGAAAAGAAGAAGUUAGAAAUGAACGACGAUAG